UCCAUCCCCCUCAGAGGUGCCAUGUGCUCUUUGUACGUCGAGUUAGUGGAGGUCCAUGUACUCGAGCAGCUCUAUGCGGCUGCCACUGCGGGCAUAAGCUAUGGCUUCACUGUCGGGGAAAAGGGUCUUGUGCUCAAGGUGCGGGGCUACAACGAGAAGCUCCAUCUGGUGGUGGAGGCCAUUGCCCAGGCGAUUGUGAGUGUGGCCGACAGUCUCGAGGAGUCCAUCCUAAAUAACUAUCGCGACAAUCUCCGGGAGCUCUAUUUUUAUGAGUUGAUCAAGUCGCCGCUGCUUUGCAGGGACAUUCGCGCAUGUGUGAUUGAGGAGUCUCAUUGGCUGACCAUCGACAAGUACAAGAGCAUCAAUGGCAUCACUUUGGAGGAAUUCAAGGCCUUUGCUCAACGGUUCCCUCAGGAGCUGUACAUUCAGGCCCUCAUUGAGGGCAACUACACGGAGCUGUCCGCCUGCAGUUUGUUAAAUACGGUGAUCAGUCGCCUCCAAUGUCGGGCCAUUUCAGAGCCCCAAUUGCUGGAGGACAGUGUGAAGGAAUUGCCACAAGGUAGCCACUGCAUUCUCUGUAAUGCCCUCAACGAUCGCGAUGCCAACACGGUGAUCAUGAACUACUAUCAAAUCGGACCGAAUACGAUCCGAGUGCAGAGCAUCCUCGAUCUGAUGAUGGAAAUCCUUGAGGACCCCAUCUAUGAAUAUCUGUGCACACAGGAGAAACUGUGCUACGAGGUGUACGCCAGAGUACGGCUCUAUUAUGGCAUUGUUGGGUACUCAAUUACUGCCUCGUCGCAUCAAACGAAAAAGGGAGCCAAGAAUUUGGAGCGGGGCAUCGAUCAAUUCCACCACGCGAUGCUACAGAUCCUCAACAAAAUGCGCGACGAUGAGUUUUUGCGCUCCAAGGAGAAACUCAUUCAGGCGAAGCUCGCCCCUGACGACAGCCUGGCCAUGGAAUCGGAUCGCCAUUGGGAGGAGAUUAUCAAUGGGGAUUUUCUGUUCGAUCGGAAUCAACAACAGGCCGAUGCCUUGCACAAUAUCACCAAAGAGGAGAUGAUUAGCUUCGUGGUAGACACGAAUGCCGCACAUUGUCGCAAACUUUCGAUUCAGGUAAUUGGAAAUCCGCCCACCGAAUGGGCGUACGAUUGGGCUUCGGAAAGAACCAAUUACAGCAGCGACGUCUUCCUCGAGACCCAUCAGACGCCGAGCUCUGUUUCCAUUUCAGACGAUCAAUUGGCCGAUGGCAGUGAAAAUGGGGAUUGGAAGUCCACAUCAUUCAGUUGGGAAGAAAGCCUGUACGAGGAUCUGGGCAGUCGACUGAACCUUGUACUUCUCCCCAGAGACGGCGAUGAUAUGCACACCAUUGUGGAUAUUGAUGAUUUCAAGACGAGCCUCGACACGUACCCACGCAAGUCGAUCAGGUUCCAAAAUGCCCCGCUUACAGAUUUCAAAUUAAAUGUUAUAUAACAAAAAAGAGAUUUA